AUGUCCAAUCAUGUGGACUUUGAGGAUAAUCACGGGACGAGAGAGGAUGACUGGGUUGGGGUUGCGGCGCCAUUUGGGGCUGAGAAGUCCGAGAAACUUGGUGAGGCUGAGGCGUCCAAGGGGCUUGAAGAAUGUGGGAUGCCGGUGGAAGCUGAGGAGCUUGCGCAACCUGUGCUGGAGGCAUAUGGUGAUGAUAUUGUGGAUGAGAUAGGGGUCGAAAUGGACUGUUUGGCAGCAGGGGUGGCGGUGUCUGAUAUUGGCGGCCACCGCCGCCCUGCGUCUGGACUUGCUGCUCUCGUGACCAUGGGGAUGGCAAAAGGGCCUGCGUGUUUUGAAGAGGAUGCUGCAUUUGCCGGGCGUCGAGACUCUGACUGUGGCCGUAAUUGUGAGGGGGGUUGCGAGGAUCUUGAUGCUGACGUUGAUGCUGGUACUGAUGGCCUUGGUGGUAAGGGGCAGCAGCAGGAGGAGGGGGUUGUUGGUGAUGAGGAGGAGGAAGAGGAGAAGGAAAACCGUGGGCGUGGCUCGGCUGUUGCUGGGGCAUGGCUGUAG